GUGACUAGGGAUCCUCGGCUGGCAUGGACGCUGGUCCUAGCCGUUUGCCUGGUGGUUCUUGGAAAUAACCGCUCGUGGCUCCUAUGGACCUCACGGCCCAGCGUGGAUGCGGUGGAACGCGGGCCGACGCGCAAUGUUGAGACGAGCACCUCCAAGUGGUUCAAGACACCAUGGACCACUCUCAAGCCUGAUGUUGGCGCUUGGGCACCUUUUGGGACGAGAGCCAGACAAACUGCCACACACUUUGUCAGUCCAGCCGCGCCUGGAGUGUCGAGCAUGGGCGAUCCACGCCUCUGGCUGCUGGGGCUUUCCAUCGUUCUAUGCACCGCCAUUCUACAUGUGGCGCGCGCUGCGAUGGGGGCUGGAGGACAUUGGCAUCACCAUACUCUCUGUGGCCAUUGCGGUUGUGGUCUGCACAGUGUGUUGCAAUUCAUCUCUGAACCAGGGCGACCUGACGCCCUGUUUGGAAGCCUCUGCCUCUUCUCCAACGUCUUCUUCGCGGCUUUGGUGCCCUUCUUCUGGAUCCAGAGGAAAACCCUGGAGGUAGUGUGGAUUGCCAUGGUGACGAUGGCCUCCACCAUUUACCACGGCUUCCAGCUGCAUCCCGUCCACGGUCCGUUGAACCACACCACGCGAUGCGCGUGUGCUGGAGAUGUACUGCUCUCGGUGUCUUUUGGGCUCUACUUGGCCUAUCGCUACAAAGGACGCAAGAAGGCAGCUCCUGUUGCAGCUAUUGCAUUGCUGUGCUUCGUGGUUCCAUCCCUGUUGCCCACCGGGCAACUCGCGGAGGUCGCCUAUUCGCUGCUCCAUUCGGCCUGGCACGCCCUGGCGGCGGCUGAUUUGGCCAAGCUUGGGAUGCCCAGAGGCAGCUUACUUGACUUGUUCCGGCUCCAGCAUGUCUUCUGCUCGGAGAGGAGGACCUGGCCUGGCCAAAGUUGGCGUGCUUCUAAUGAACAAAGCGGCCCAUACGCGGCUGCCCAUUCGCUGAGCUAUUCGCUUGAAGCGGUCGACUGGGAGGGUGUCAAUGGGGAAUAUCACCUGGGCUAUCAGCAUAGCAAUGGGAUUUCAGCAGCCCCGACCAAACGGAAAUCCCAAAGACCUUCUGUGAACCAGGGGGUGGUGCACAGAAUCUGUGACGCUCUAUUGCUUUUGGUAGCAAUUCCCAGUCCCAACAGUUCCUGGCUCUUGCGAAAGGGCGGAGGGGUGGAGCUCAAAGCCUCCCAGCACUUGGCUGUUGGAAGUGGAAAGUGUUAUCCACCACUGCUUGUGACCUUUGGAGUUCCAACCCAGCAUUUGGACCACACCAUGUGGAACGCCGGGGCCAAGCAGUCUCGCCAAUCAAGAUGCCAAUUUUAUGUUGGACAACGGCUGCUGUGACAACCACACAGCUGUGCUGCAUUGUGCUGCUUCAACAGUCGCCGUUCUGACUGUCACGGCGGCAGCAGCAGUUACAGCAACAGUUCCCAAUUCAUGGCCAAGGUAGCCAGAUGAGG